GGAAACUUCCGGAUAUUAUGUUGAUCCUUGAUUGAGAAACAUGUCGCCGUGUCGAGAGCUUAUCACUAAGGUUUUUCCUAACAUUGAUCAUGAAAUUUCAGACUACAUCAAUGGUAUGCUUGAGGAUGGGGGUGAUGAUUUCUCAACCUCAGAUGAUCUUUUUGAAGCCAUUGGAAUUAUGUUGCAACAGGCAGAUGACUCCAAAACUGAAGACGAUAUAAAAGAAAUAUGUGACAGGCUAUAUUGUUUGUUGCACAGCACUCCAAAUGGAAAUGGGACCAGUGGGGCAGUGAAUGGACUAAAUAAAAUCCUCGAAGCACCAGUUCAGAUGUCAGAACUAACCAGUGAAUUGAGUAACAACAAUGACAACAGUAUAUGGCUGAUCAAAAGAGAUUCUUCCACUGUUGUGGACCAAAAAAAAUUGGAGAAGGCAGAAAAACAGUUACAAAAGAAAUUGGACAAACGUGAGCAGACAACGAUAAAGAAAGUAGAAAGUGUACCUGAAAUGGCAAGUGCUAGUCAACAAAUUAACAAAAGAGAUGCAAAGAUGGACGCUGCUGGGACAAAUAAAUCUUAUGAUAUCAAGCUGGAGAAUAUUGAUGUUUCUUAUGGGGAUAAGGUUCUUUUAACUGGAGCUGACUUGCAUUUAGUUUUUGGUCGUCGUUAUGGUUUCACAGGCCGAAAUGGUCUUGGCAAAACAACUUUAUUGAAAAUGUUAUCCAGUGGAUCCCUGAAGAUUCCCUCCCAUAUAUCUGUCUUGCAUGUGGAGCAGGAAGUGGCAGGUGAUGAUACUCCAGCACUUCAGAGUGUUCUAGAAUGUGAUGAGAAAAGAGAGGCAUUACUUAAAGAGGAGAAGCUUCUAACAGUCCAGCUUCAGUCUUCUAGUCCCGGGCAGGACAAGGACAAUGCAAUGGCAACACGACUACAGGAAAUAUACAAAGAACUGAUGGCAAUAGAAUCAGACAAAGCUCCAGCUAAAGCGGCCAUGAUACUUAAUGGAUUGGGUUUCUCAAGCAGUGAUCAACAGAGACAAACCAGAGAGUUCUCUGGUGGUUGGAGAAUGAGGUUGGCCUUGGCCAGAGCACUAUUUACAAAACCAGAUCUGCUUUUACUUGAUGAACCUACAAACAUGUUGGACAUGAAGGCUAUUAUAUGGCUUGAAAAUUAUUUACAGACCUGGCCCACUACUAUACUGGUGGUGUCCCACGACAGGCUGUUUUUAGACUCUGUGUCCACAGACAUAAUCCAUCUACACUCAUGUAAAUUAGAGAGCUAUAGAGGAAACUACGAAGUCUUUCAUAAAACGAGGGAGGAGAGGAUGAAGAACCUCCGUAAGGAGUAUGAAGCACAGAAGCAGUACAGAGAUCAUAUACAAGUAUUUAUUGACCGGUUCCGUUACAAUGCAAACAGAGCUGCCCAGGUACAGAGUAAGCUUAAACUGCUAGAAAAAUUACCUGAAAUAAAACCACCAGAAAAAGAGACAGAGGCUGUGUUAAAAUUUCCAGAAUGUGACACAUUAUCACCUCCUAUUUUGCAACUUGAUGAUGUCACGUUCUACUACAACAAAGACAGAAUUCUAUUUAACAAAGUUUGUGUCAAUGCCAACAUGGAGUCAAGAAUUUGUAUUGUGGGAGACAAUGGUGCCGGUAAGACCACAUUAUUGAAACUCCUGUUGGCUGAGCUUGAACCUUGCAGUGGACACCGCCACGCCCACAGAAAUCUGCGCAUCGGCUACUUCAGUCAGCACCACGUUGACCAGCUGGACAUGAGUGUUAACUCCGUGCAGCUGUUGGCCAACAGAUUUCCUGGUUUAUCACAAGAAGUGUACCGUGGCCAGCUGGGGCAUUUCGGGGUGUCAGGUGACUUAGCUCUAAGACCAGUGUCAAGUAUAUCAGGAGGACAGAAAAGCCGAGUGGCUUUUGCUGUCAUGAGUAUGACAAAUCCAAACUUCUUUAUUCUUGACGAGCCCACAAAUCACUUAGACAUGGAAACUAUUGAAGCUUUGGGAGAUGCUAUAAACAAAUUUAAGGGUGGUGUGAUUCUUGUCUCCCACGAUGAGCGCCUUAUUCGUAGCGUCUGCAAAGAAUUGUGGGUAGUAAGUGGAGGGACAGUAACCGCCCUUGACGGAGGCAUUGAUGAAUACAAACGACUUGUACAGAUUGAAUUAGAGGCACAUUAACCUAAAAGUCCUCUAGAAAGUGUUUCGUCUAUGUGAAUAGAACUUUUUAAUUUAUAUGCCAGAUACAAAUGUAAAGUGUACCAUAUUGUUCUUUUGGAAAACAAUCUUGAGACAUUCAGUUUUACCAGUGAAAGUACCUGUUGGUAGAUGUAAAUACUGAGGGUUUUGAAUGUAGGCAUUAACAUUCAAUGUUGGAUCUAGUUCACACUGUAUCAAGUUAGCCAGUUUUAAAUUGAAGCUGUUUUUUUUCAAGCAAUUCUAUCCUUACUAAACCUACACAUCAGCAAACCAUCCUUAAGGUUGUCAAAAUUUGUAUUUUUUUUAGCAAAAAUUUUACUUUCUUUAACCACUUCUGAGAUAUUAGCAAAAUGUUUGUAAUAUUGAUUGCAGUCAAAAAUAAAAAAGAUAAUGAACUUAUUCAAUCCUUAAUAGUAAACUCUUGCAAUGAAGAAUAAAAAUCUAGUUUCCACUUUUUAAAGUAGUUCUGUUCUGUAUUAAAAGUUAACUGUGUUUUUUUUAAUCUCACAUAUUUUGCUGCCAGUUUCAAUUUGUAAAUCAGUUUGUGUUGGAAAAACUAACGGCCCUGCUUAUAAUAAAAUGCUUCAGGUAUUGACUGAAACUACUGAAGGUCUUAUUUUCUAAAUACAAUUAUGUUUAAAAUCCAAGAAUGUUAAAAUGUAAUAAACAGCAAUUCAAACUACACUUUAUUCAAUGCCAGUUCCUAACAAUUUGAAAAAUUAGAUUUUCAAAAGGUCACAUGGGUACUGCCUAGACAAAAGGCCUCAGUACUUAAAUGUACCAUUCAGCUGAAAUUAAGUUCUAACACUUUGAAAACCUAGUCUAUCUUGAGUAAGACUAAGACAUUCAUCUGAUUUAGAUUAUAGAAAUGCACUAAUAAUUUGAAUUAAAGAUUAUGUAUAGAUUAUC